UGGGAAAAGAGUGCACAACCCGGUGUAUUGGUGGCAGCUGAAUGUGCUGCUCGGUACAAUAUCGAUAAUCGCGAUAUUGGGGAUCGAUAAUAGUAAAUAAUGGAGUCUCUGUACCACCAGAGUAACAAACAUGUUCACGAGGUUCAGUCUCAUAUGGCGCGGCUGGAGACAUGCGACAAGCAGUCAGUACAUCUUGUAGAGAAUGAAAUUCAAGCGCGGAUAGAUCAGAUCUUUAGCAACUUGGAACGCCUGGAAAUUCUUUGUAGCAAAGAGCCGCCCAGUAAAAGGCAGAAUGCUAAACUGCGCGUCGAUCAGCUGAAAUACGAUGUACAACAUCUGCAGUCCGCGCUGGGAAACUUUCAGCACCGGCGUUACGCCCGCGAGCAGCAGGAGAGGGAACGCGAGGAACUGCUGUCAAGAAGUUACACGACCAACGAUUCAGAGACCACCAUACACAUGGACGAAACCCUCCAAUUUAAUUCCUCGGUCCGUAACGCCCACCAAGGGAUAGACGAUCUCCUGGGGAGUGGGACCGGUAUACUGGAAGGGCUGAGGGACCAAAGGAAAACCUUAAAGGGAACCCAGAAGAAGAUCCUGGACGUGGCGAACAUGUUGGGCCUUUCUAAUACGGUCAUGCGCCUAAUCGAGAAGAGGGCUUUUCAGGACAAAGUCAUUAUGAUUGGCGGGAUGCUUCUAACCUGUGUCGUCAUGAUUCUGGUGAUCAAGUACCUGACAUGAAAAGCGGGAGUCUCAACGUUCGUUACCCAGAUUACCCGUCAUCAUCCUCUCUCUGUUCAUCUCCGUCAUCAGCUGUGAAAACUCAAUACUGCCACUGUGGACAGAGAGAGGUGAUGGGAAUUCAGAUAAAAUGCAGACUUAUCAGAGGGACAUUAACUGCUUGAGUGAGCCAGCCCCAUACCAAGUGUAUUUAAUUAACAGCCCCCCUUGUCUUACUGUGCGCUCUAUUAAAAUCUCUAGUCUAUUUGACAAAGGAAGGUAAAGUCGGUGGUUGGACGAACUCUGUUUUGGGCAUUCCGCUUCUGGUGGAUAUGAACAAAGGGUCGGGGAGGAGGGACGGGAAAAAAAGCAACGGUUACAAAAUGACUAGAUGUCUCCCAGAAGCCAAUGAGUCCGUGGCUUCCACUUCCAUGUCAUCUGCCGGAGACCCAAAGUCUUCGUGAACCAUAGCAAGAGGCCAUCUCCAUAUUUAUCUAUAGCCGUCUAUCGGGAAAAGGAUGCAAAGCAAAAAAAUAAC